CCGGUCCAAUACCGGACCGGUCCGAUCCUGACAACUGAUCCCCCUUCUGUCGGCUAUAAAGCUAUCGGUGGAGGCCGAGGCGGAGACGGCGACGGGACGGUGGCGGUGACCAAUGGCGACGGUGGGCUUUCUGGAAGACGAGAACCUCGAGGCGAUCAUCACCCGGAUCGAGCACAAGUCCCGCAAGAUCGAAAGCUUGCUUAAGCAAUCUAAGCCGGUGGAGGCGCUUAAGACGGCGUUGGAGGGUUCACUCUUGAAAACCAAAGAUGAGAGGUGCAAGUCGGCGAAUUGGAUAGUGGUGCAUCGGGCGAUCAUGGCUAUCAAGGAUGUGGAUGCGAUGUUCUCUUCCUUGGAUCCCGAGUAUUACGACAUUCUCAUGAAGUAUUUAUAUAGAGGCUUAGCAACUGGAGAUCGACCUACAUGUGACCAGUGCCUCAAGAUCCAUGAGAAGCUGACAGAGAAAGCAGGGUUGGGUUGUAUUCUUCGCUCCUUAGCUGACACCAUUAAUACUGUGUAAGCUUCACACAAAAGCAGCAACCUUGUUCUUGUGACACUUAUUCGCUUACCACAAAUGAGUGACAUUAGCAAAGCGCUGUCUUGAGUUCGUUUCCGACAGAGCUCCAUGUGUUGGCUUCAUCAUAUCUUCAUGCUAUUUUAGUUGAUUCAUAACCAAGUUGUUACACGCACGUGCCCACGCACGCGCGAACACUCACAGGCGCACACACGGUUCUGAUGGUUCUGCCAAGCCAAAGCCGUUCGCCUUGAAUCCUAAUCCUUCCUUCCUUAGCGUUGCACCUGGGCUCGCCCUGGCGGCUGAAGCUCCUGUGCACACUGCCGCCGAAGCUGAAGAACGUGUGCUACCGCCACCGUGCGCGUGCCCUGGUGGAGGCGCAGCGCGUGCUCACCGACUACCUCCACGGCACGCGCGCCCUCCCCUUCUUCCACUUCGACUACAUCGCCUCCCACUCCCCCUUCGCCCUCUCCGCGUUCGUCGCCCAGGUCCCCUUACCCCCGGACGCCGCCGUUGACUACCUCAGAUGCACCCUCACCCGUUUCCUCCCCUACCACCCCGUCAACGAGUUCGAGUUCUUCUUCGAGAGCAUCGGCCUCCCGGCCUCCUCCUGCGCCGCCGCCUCCUCCUCCCGCAGCAUCUUCCUUUCAGACGACGCCCCUCUCCUCGCCGCCGUUUCCGCCCUCAUUCACUUCGGCUUCCCCUGGACCAAGCUCGGCCUCCUUUACCGCGAGAAGUCCUCCAUCUUCUCAUCCGUCCCCAGCUGCCUUGUCGCUCGGCUGCGCGACCUUGAGGCCCGCGGCUUCCACCGGGUCUGCGUCAUCGGCAUCUGCCUCGCGUUCCCUACCGCGAUGACUGUUGAUGCUGAGCCCGGCGGGGAAAUUGAUCGCUUGCUCCAGGAUCUGAGAACGGUCUUUGUGGACUUCAGUCUGGCCGAGAGCGUGCCCGAGGACAAUGUUGAUGUGUUCCUUCAGAUUUGCAGGAGGAUUCGAGUGUUCUACGAUCUUGGUUCCAGCAGGGGGACAAUGGGCGAGCUGAUGGGCAUGAACCGAAGGAUUUUCUUGGAACUGGAUGAGGAAGCCAUCGCACAGAAGUUGAAGUUCUUCAUCAAGCUAGGUAUGGAGGAAGAGAAAGUUGGGCCCUUUAUUCUGGGAUGCCCAGAUAUUUUGGAUUUUGAUUUGGAAAACCCUAUCAUCGCAAUGCCAGAGUAUCUGAAACGUGUUGGAUUAGCUAAAAUGAAGUUAUUCUGCUGCCUCAGAGGUAUCCAUAUGUAUUGGGCAAAAAUAAAUUGGGGAAUUUGCCAGGAAUCAUCCGUGCCAUGAACCUGCACAAGUGGUUCUUAAGCAGGAUUUUGGAUGGGAAUCACCAUUACCUUUCAUCUUCUUUGGUUUCUGCUACAUCACCUGAUACCGAAUUGGAGAGCAAAUUUCUACAAGGUUUGGAGAGGGUAAAAUGUGGAAGGAGUAGUCUGUGGAUAACAAGCUCAAAUUCUUGCUAGGUAUUGGACUUGGGCAGAAUAAGGCCACUGUUAGAUGCCUUUUACUGAUGUACAGCACAAGUGGCCAAUUGCAGGAGCGCUUUGAUUGCCUCCUUGAGAUGGGUAUCGAGUACUCCACGCUAUGUAAGAGGAUAAGCAUGGUUCCUAAAUUACUUAACCAAAGCAAAGAGAUGCUUUAUGAGAAGGUGAAUUUCCUUUGCAAUGACGUGGGUUGUUCCUUGGACUGCCUUGAUAGUUAUCCGGCUUUUCUUUGUUUUGACCUGGAGAAUAGGAUCAAGCCAAGAUAUAAGAUGCUAAAAUGGCUUAAAGAACAUGGCUUGCUCAAGAAGCUUUUUUCCCCCAUUAGUGUCCUUGCUAGAUCUGAGAAGAGCUUCAUGAUUAACCUCUAUAGUGCCCAUCCAGCAGCUCCUAAGCAAUGGUUGGAAUGCUUCUCCGGCUAGCACUGUUCAAGAUCUCACCUCAUUGGUGCAAUUUUAUUCAUAAGCAUUAAGGUGAUUCCAAACCUCUGAAUUUGAUUUUUUGCAUCUCUUUUCAGUUGUAGAUGUAGAUUGCUGUAUUCAACUGUUAAAAGUAUCUUGGGACGCAAGUUUCAGGUUGUAACCCUGCCAACUGAUGCAGAGUGAUUCUUCAGCACUAGCAUCUCGAGACCAAGUCUUGGCUGUUGUUAUUCUAGUUAAGAUGGAAAGAUUUGCACAUGAAUCAGGGAACUUUGGUCUUUAAUGCUUCAUAUCAACUUUUAUUCACCAAAAUUUGUAAUUGAUAUAUUGUCCCUGUAUAGGAUUUACUAAAAGAGGGAAAAUUGUUUUGUUGGUUGCUGGUCUCUCCUUUUAACUGAUUGUUUGUAUAGAUUUGACAUUCUUCUUAGCGUGAUACACUGAACUGAAAGUGGUGCUCA